AUGGCAACUGUCCCCUUUAUUUAUUCUGUUACCUUAAUGGAUUGGAAUCAGUUUAAUAUCACACCAGCUACAUCAGCUUAUCUAUCUGAUGUUCAUACCAUCAAUGAUACCAGUAAUGGUACAAUACCACCUCAGUUGUUAGCUAGUCAAAAUGCUCCAAUGUUGAUGCACCAAUCUGGUGUAAAUACGUCACCACUUCAGAUGUCUACUGUACCAAAUGUUAGCCUAUCUUCUUCAGCUCUCAAUAACAUGAAUUUAAUGUCACAACACUUGAUUGGAACCCACAACCAGCAGUCUAAUAUGAUGGGAAUGAACCAGAUGUUUACUCAAGAUCAACAUUUGCCCUCUUCAAACUUCCAAAAUCAAAUGGUACCUAGGCAGAUGAUGGCAAAUCAACAAUCAGUUCAAAAUCAGAUGAAGCAGCACCAUGUUGUACAAAAUCGGGCAGCUAUGUCUUUACAACCACCACCAAACCUUAAUGUUCGCAAUAUUCCUCAUCAAAACCUUCCGAAUACACCAGGAUCAGUCCAAACUCCUGUCUUACGGGAGCGAUUGUUUAGUGGUGCUCAAGUAAGACAGCCAGAUAAUCUACUUUCUCCUCAACAAAUGAGGCCACCACCAUCCACCAAUUCCACUUCAGUUGCUAGACAUGUGGGUAACAUUCAGAUGCAGCAGAAUCUUAGACCUACAGCUCCAUCACAGCUUGCUCAAAACAGCAAGUCGACUACUUCAAAAUCAGAUGAGUCAAAAUCUCAACUGUUGCAGUUUCUUGCAGAUUUAAAGGAAUGUUCGAAUAAAUCUAAAUAUUAUGUGUCUGGAACUGUUGAAAAUACUUACAUUGUACAAUUACUGACUUUUAAAAAUAUGUGUGGUGAGUUUUUAAAAAGGUCAAAUAAUAAUGUGCUUAAAGAUCAGAUAAAAAAAAAACUAUCAACUAUGGAAGAUGGAGAACAAAUCAUGAAUGCCAAAAUAGAACGGUCAAAAUUUGUUCAAGAUGUUUUGGAGUGUAUUAUUGUAGAGACUAAUAUAUGGACUCCUGAUCUUGAACCAGAAAAAACAAAAUCCUGUUCUCCAAGACUUGAAACCAAUUCCAAAGUUUUACAGCCAAACCCACCCUCAAAUCUUGUCAAAGUGAAAAAGGAACCAGGAACUGAAAAUUGUCAAACCUCAUGUAAGGCUAGUCAAGCAGGAAAACCAUUAAAAACCUCAACACCAGCAAGUAACACUUCUUUUCCAAGCGGUAUAGACGAAUUAAUUCGUAUGUCAGAAGAGGCUGCAGAACCUUUCAACAGUGUAGCAGAUGGGCCAAAUUUUACUUCAAAUAGCGAGACAGAUAAAUCACAGUGUGAAAUGAAGCCACAACUGUUGAAUAGAAAUCAAAUUAGACCACCAUUAGAGCCUGUCCUGCAUCAACAAGCACAUGUUUUUCAUCAGCAAGCACCUGUCCUACGUCAAAGAGCUCCUGCCCUACAUCAACAAACACCUGUCCUGCGUCAACAAUUACCUGUUCACAGACUUCAAGCACCUCUUCGUCAACAAGCACCCAUUCCUCAGCCUUCUACUUUACUAGAUUUAAUUGGGAAUCCAUCUAAUGUUCCUUUGAAUAGGCCAGUUGUUCCAGGAAUCAUAUCACAUGCCGCACCCUUUGUGCCAAUUAGACUUGCUACAAUGGUCACUCCUGCAAAUUCACAACCAACUAUAAAAAUUAAAAUUAUUCGCAAUCAGAAUCAGUCAUCACCUACUGUGUCUUCGACUACUGUAGCUACUGCUCAAACCGAUGUAGAUGAAAUUUCCCCACCAAAAAAGACAAAAAGAAAAGAUCUUGUUCGUCCAGUAAGUCCAAAUGAUAUGUGUCGUGUUGAACUUGAAGACCAAGAGCACAUUAGUUCAUGCUUAAUCGAAUCCAAAAUAAUAGACAAAAAAACAAAGGAUAUACAGAAAAUUAAGAAGGAAGAAGUUGUUUGUGCUCUAUCCUCGGAUUUAAAACGUGACCGCGUUAUUGAUCCUAAAGAAUCCUCAUAUUAUUGGUGUAAUUUCUGUGUUUAUCAGACUGAUCAUAAAGGGAAAUUGGUAAACCAUGUUAUUACAGCCCACCGAUUCUCUUGUCAGUUCUGUAGAUUCCAGUGUUAUUCACGAGCUGAUGUAGUGGAACAUACUGUCAAUGUUCAUAAAGAAGCAUCAACAAUGUCAAAGGAUUUUAGAUAUUGCGUUUUGUUGCCAGAUUACUUGAAAAUUAUGGAUAAAAUUGAAAAUCAUGAAAAUGAUGCGUUUGAAAAUGAAUGCAUUCAGUCAUUGAAAACAAAGAAAAUUCGUGGAGUAACAGAAAAUGAGGAGAACUAUAUUGAAAGUGACUGGGAAGAGGAAAUAUUGGGAGAUGAUGAUUUUUUAUCAGAAUCUCGAAGUGAAGUAAGUGAACAAGCCAGUGACAAUGAGGAAAAACAAAUUUCGCGAUCAUGGGGACAAGGCAAGAAGAGGAAAAUCAAGAGAGCUUUUCUUAAUAGCUCAAGCGACGACGAUAAUGAAGACCUAUCUACGAAAAGAACUAAGACAAGUGCUUUAGAGGAAUUAAAAAAGAAAAGGAAAGAGAAGGAGACUAGAAAGAAAUCUAAAGUUGGUAGAAAAAAGAAAGAAUCUAAAAAGACAGAAUCUGAUCAAGAUAGUCCUUUAAAGCUUCGUCGAAGAUCUGGACGAAAUACUAAGACUGAUUUUAGAAAAGUUUUUGAUUCUUUGACUGAUAUUAUUGGGUCUGACAAUGAAUCGGAGGUUUCAGACGACACCGAUAAUGACAAAGAUUUUGUACCAAAUAAUUCUCCAUCUUGUCAAAAAACACAAACCAAAGAUGUAUUUAAGUCAUUUCUUGACAGUAAAUCUAGAAAUUCUAAUAACAAUGCUGAUGAUUUAAUGCCAAUAGCAAUUCCUGUGGUUGUUUUAAAGCCUUUGGAUCCAAUCCUAGCUAAUGCUGAUACCCCUCAGAGAACAUCUACAUCUUUUCCUCGGAUAAUAAGCAGAUUUGAUGGAGAGGACACAGUUUUAUCAGGAAAAUCUGUUGAUGACUCUUCUCUUGAUGACUCAACUCCUGAUAUACAUACUAACAAUGACAAUAUGAAUGAUAAACCGCUUAGUAAAGAUGACCGAACCAAUGAUAACUCUACUAAUGACUCUGUUCCUGAUGCCCUUCCCACAACUCUGGCCUCAUCAGAUUCUGGCUCAGCCAAUAAAUCAGUAGUACCUGCAUCUGCUUUAGGUACUGACCCUGUUACCACAUCCGUAACAAUUUUAGGAAAAUCAGGAUCAUCAUCUGAAUCUUCUGUCACAACUACUUCUGCAACCUCCAUAAAUUCCAACAGUGUUUCAGGCUUUAGUAAAAAUAAAGUGACUCUUGUUAAACACUGUAUACAUUGUGACUUUGUAUGCGACGAUAUACAAGAAAUAAAAUCCCAUAGUUUGGAGAAUCAUCCAUCUGCAUUUCUUGGUGUUUGGCAGAGUGCCUUAAACUUUGUUUUGUAUAUUUGUCCAAAUGAAAACUGUGAUUUCUAUGCCAGUAUGUCUCAGGACUUCACUCGCCAUAUUGGGCGUUGUAGUUAUACACGAAACGAGAAUAUUGACAAAGCAAUCAAGGAAACAACUAACUAUAUCCAGUGUUUAAAAGAUAGACGGUUAAUGAAAAGUUCAGAUUUGGAGUCUCAGAGACACACACUUAAACAAUAUUUCAAUAAAUCUGAAGUGUGGACUGUUGAGAGACCAAUAGGCAUGGUGUCCAAUCUAGUUUCAGCAUCACCAUCUCCAAGGAAUUCUCCUACUCCUUCCACCUCUUCUAAAUCUUCAGAUAAAAAUAAACCUACAACAUCUACUGAUAUUGAAGACAUAAUGGACUCUAGUACCUUCUAUAAAUGUGCAUUCUGUUCAUUUAAAUGUAUGGGUAAUACAUUAACUGUGAGGGAACAUAGUAUUAAACAUCAUCCCGAAUACCCAUUAUAUACUAUUAAUCUCAGGGCAGUAGAAGAAGGUCAUGAAAGAAGAUUUGUAUUGUUUUGUGUUGGACAAGAUUGUAAAGAAAUAUUCACACAAUCUUCAGACUAUUUUAAACAUGUAGAAUCCUGUACAAAAAUAAAGAAGUUAAAGAGCGAUGCUCAGCUUCUAAAAACCAAUAAAUUUGUUAAAUUGACUAUGUAUAAGGUAAGUAAAAAUUGUUUUACUGUAGAUUUGUGA